CGCCCGCCAGACUACGACUCCCGGCAUGCCGCAGGGCGGAGCCAAGAUGGCGGCGGUGGAGCACGUGGUGGUGGACGCGGGAGCCUUCCUGCGGGCCGCGCCGCUGCAGGACAUCGGCCGCCACGUGUACACGGUGCACGAGGUGCUAGGCGAGAUCCGCGACCGCGCGGCGCGGCGGCGUCUAGCGGCCCUGCCCGUCCCGCUUCUCUUCCGCCAGCCGCGGCCCGAGCACGUGCGCCUGGUGACCGAGUUCUCCAAGAAGACGGGCGACUUCCCGUCGCUGUCCCGCGCCGACCUGCAGGUGCUGGCGCUCACCUAUGAGCUGCAGGCCGAGACCGGCGGCGUCGCGCACCUGCGGGCCGAGCCCCGGCACCAGGUAAGGCUGAGCUGCAGCAUCCGGCACCCGGAGGCCCCCGUGCACGUCGCUGGGUUUCACCUGCCGUCCAAGCGCGCGCGCCCGGAGGAAGAGGCGCCUUCCUCCGUCUCGGAGGGUUGCCCGUGCGAGAGCCCCGAGUUCAGCUCCUUCCUGUACUGGAGGAACCCCCUGCCCAGCAUCGAGGAGGACCUGCAGGAGCUGCUGAAAGCCGAUCCGGUUUCCGCUGCUGCGGACGAGGAGCAAAGUGCCUCCGAGGAGGACAGCGAAGAGGACAGCGAUGACGACAAGGACUGGAUCACCCCCAGCAACAUCAAGCAGAUCCAGCAGGACGUGGGGCGCUGCGAUGCUCCUCCCGUGGACGUGCAAGUUGGGUGCCUCACCACCGACUUCGCUAUGCAGAACGUUUUGCUCCAGAUGGGUCUCCACGUGCUGGCAGUGAAUGGGAUGCUGAUCCGCCAGGCCAGAAACUACGUCCUGCGCUGUCACGGCUGCUUCAAGACAACAUCCGACAUGACCAAGGUCUUCUGCCCACACUGUGGCAACAAGACUCUGAAGAAGGUUGCCGUGAGCGUGAGUGAUGACGGCAGCCUGCACAUGCAUUUCUCUCGCAACCCAAAAGUCCUGAACCCACGGGGGCUUCGGUACUCCCUGCCCGCUCCCCAAGGGGGAAAGCACGCCAGCAACCCUCACCUCGUGGAGGACCAGCAGUUCCCGCAGCAGCGGCUUUCCCAAAAGGCCAGGGAGAAAACCAAUGUCUUCGACCCUGACUACAUCGCAGGGGUUUCUCCCUUUGCAGAAAAUGACAUCUACAGCCGCGCAGCCAACCUGCGCAUCCGGGAUGCGGCCCUGGGUGCAGGCCGGCGCCGCGUGAAUCCCAACGCCGCUACGAGGAAGUUCGUGAGGAAGCGGUGAAGGGAGAGGAAGAGCUGUCUGCUUGGGUCAGCUGAGCAAUAAGUCACGUUUUCUUGCCUGAUGCGCGUGGGAGAGUGAGGCCUCUCACAGGGUCUCCCUGUGCAGACCCCAAGCUGGCAGCACUGGGAAAGCCCCGGUGCUACCACUUUUUCCAUGCUCACCUGGGAGUGUAGAGCAUCGGGCCUCUUCUGAUGCGAGGCAUCUAUCGAACUGGACCUGGCUGUAUAUUCUGCUUGCUUCUAGCUGCGUGGCAGUGUUGGACACUUCAGUGCUUCUAAUAAAUAAGGUCAUGGCAGUCGUUGGCUGUUUCGCUUGCA